AUGACAAUGAGAUUACCAAAAGACCUGAGAUUUGUUUUUAGGGAUGACAAUGUUAAAUGGGUGUCUGAUCUUAUAGAUGACAAUGGGAGAGUUUGGAAUAAAGCUCUGAUUCAUAACAUAUUUUCAGUCAAAGAAGCAGAGGAGAUUCUACAGCUUCCAAUCAUCGGUGAACUGGGAAGGAAAGACAAGCUUGUCUGGUCUUUUAACAAGGAUGGGAAAUUCUCUGUCAAAACUUGCUACAAAGCAAUCAUGGAUCAAAAAGAGCUAACUAAAUGUCAACCAGAAUCAAGUAGGGGAGCUGUAGCCUUGAAGAAAAUCUGGAAUAGCAUAUGGAAAAUCAAGAUAAAGCCCAAGCUCAGAAUCUUCUUGUGGAGGGCAAAAGACAAUUUUUGUCAGUGCAUGUGUCCUCCUUAUGUGGGCAGUGGCUUUGGAGGAAUUGUAGUGGAGGAAUCAGGGGUUCUUUGUCGAGGCUGGGAAGUGUUUAUUGAUCAAUCGCAUGACCAUGCCGAAGCUUUGUUACUCGGAAUUAAGCACGCCCUUUGGAAAGCUUUCUUAUUGAGCUGGAAAAGCAUAGCUGUUAGUAUUGAUGACGAGGAUAUGGCUCAAGCUCUUCAGGCAGGGAAUGUUUUUCAAGGCUCAAGUCCGGUGCAAACGACUUCGGUUCUAGAGCGGUCCUCCGCUGAAGGAUGUGAUCUCUUUGUCCGGUGCCCGGCUAGAGUCGGAGCGAGUAGAUACCUGCAAAUUGACGCCGGAGGUUUUCUGUCGUCAAACCCUCUGAAACUUAAGUUAGUAUUGGGAGAUUGA